CGGCCCUGCCUGCGCGGCCACCGCCCUGCGUGAGCCGGUUCCCCCCCCGCCUCGGUCGGCUCCUGAGGGGCGGCCGGGGCCCGCGGCAGCGCGGGGUGGGGGUGCGCGGUGUCCGGGCACACCUUCCCGCCGGAGCCGGCCGUGCUCGCCCGGUGGCAGCGGCCUGCGGGAGAAGCCCCUCUUUUUAAAGGUUGUAUUGAUCAUGGACAGUGAAGAAAUCCCGACCUUUUCGAGUCCAAAGGAGGAAACUGCAUAUUGGAAAGAGCUUUCCUUGAAAUACAAACAGAGCUUCCAGGAAGCUCGCGAAGAGCUGGCUGAGUUUCAGGAGGGAAGCAGAGAAUUAGAAGCUGAGUUGGAGGCACAGCUAGUCCAAGCUGAGCAGAGGAAUAGAGAUUUGCAAGCAGAUAACCAAAGACUGAAGUAUGAAGUGGAAACAUUAAAGGAGAAACUGGAGCACCAGUAUGCGCAAAGUUACAAGCAAGUGUCGUUGUUAGAGGAUGACCUGAGCCAGACACGGGCCAUUAAAGAUCAGCUGCAUAAGUAUGUGAGGGAGCUGGAGCAGGCCAACGAUGACUUGGAACGUGCAAAGAGGGCAACAAUAGUUUCACUGGAAGACUUUGAACAAAGGCUGAACCAAGCUAUUGAGAGAAAUGCGUUUUUAGAAAGUGAGCUGGAUGACAAGGAAUCGUUGCUAGUUUCUGUACAGAGAUUAAAGGAUGAAGCGAGAGACUUACGGCAAGAGCUGGCAGUACGGGAAAGACAACAAGAAGUCACCCGAAAGUCAGCACCCAGUUCUCCGACUCUAGACUGUGAAAAGAUGGAUUCAGCUGUCCAGGCAUCUCUCUCCUUGCCAGCUACGCCUGUUGGAAAAGGAUCAGAAAAUAGUUUUCCUUCCCCAAAAGCUAUACCAAAUGGAUUUGGUACCAGCCCCCUUACUCCUUCAGCUAGAAUAUCUGCACUCAACAUUGUGGGAGAUCUAUUACGGAAAGUGGGGGCCUUAGAAUCCAAAUUAGCUGCUUGCAGAAAUUUUGCAAAGGACCAGGCAUCACGGAAAUCCUAUAUUUCAGGGAACGUUAACAGCAGCAUGAUGAACAGCAAUGGCACAAAGUACCCUCAUCCGGGGCAUACUUCUUUCUUCGACAAAGGGCGUGAAAAGGUCAUAUUCCCCACCUUGGUCAUGGGGCAGUAAACGGCUUUGAUCAAGGUCCUCCUGGACUGGGAGCCUCUCGACCAUCCUCAGCGCCUGGCAUGCUCCCCCUGAGCGUAUGAGCCCGCGGGAGGUCGUGUUCGGACUUGCGGAUGCUUUUCUCGGCCCACCAAGAGAAGAACUGCUCCCAGAACUGUUCCCGUUCCCACGCCGCUGGAACACGACCUGCACCGUGCUGCCAGAGGAGACCCUGUGCUCACGGCCCUUCAUGUCCUGUUAAUGCAGUUUAUUUUCUCCUGUUGCUGUAGCAGAUGUUCUCUGACUUGGCCCCACACCCUGUGCCGCACAAGCUGAGACACGCAGUGCUCUGUUUCAGGGGAUGGCCAGACCUCGGCCAGGCAGUCCUCGGCCCCUCGCUUUAUCUUUUCCAUAACUUAGGUUUGGCAUGACACAAACAUUGGCCGCCCCUCUUAAAGGCUCCCCCUCUCCCUGCCCGCUCCAGCAUCCUGCUGCUGCCCUCCCAGUAAGGCUCAGACUUCUUGAAGGAGGCCCUGGGUGAGGCUCUGCGAUGGCACUUUGGACACUUGCACCUGGGAAUCGGGUCCAGGUAUGUGACUCGGUUACUGCGGCUGAAUGCAUUACUGCUGGGCAGGCGCGCGGCCGUCGCUGCUGGUGUGUGCCUGACUCCUGCCUUGGGUUGGAGCAGGCAGGGGAGGGCGGGUGGCCCUGGUGGCCCUGCCUGUGUGGGUGGCCCUGGUGGCCCCGGUGAUCCUGCCUGUGCGGCAGAGGCAGCCGGGCUGCUGCGGGGCUGCAGCUGAGAGGCAGCCGGGGGUGCUGGGGGGGGCAGUGCACUGGGGGUGCCCGUCGCAGGCCCUGCACCCACCAGCUGCAACAUCAAAUGCCUUAGCGCAAGCUGGCGGAGCCGAGCGCUGCUGCAGCGUUCUCCCUUGGUGCUCCCGCACCCACCCGGCCGCGGGGCAGAAGGGUGCCCAGCUGCUGUAGGCGCUGACGGUGCCGCGCGGCUUCCCAGCCCCUUGUACCCCACCUUCACCCAGCCCCCGCGACAGCGGCUCCCCGAGAGCCUGAGGAAGCCGCUAACCCAGCUGGCCACCAUGCCCGUGGGCCCCCAGGACCCUGUAACCGUCACAAUCAUGUUCCGAUCUGUGUAAUAUAUGACUGGAUUUUACAGCGUCACCGACAGGCUUCUGUGACAGUUGUGGGCGGCAGUGUUACCUUGUGGGUCUUUGAAGCAACGUAUUUGUGCGAUUUCUCUGUCUAUGUGCCUCAGAGUUGGUGGAUUUUUAAAACGAACCAGCAAACCCAGCCGGGGUUUGGUCUGGGGGUUUAGGAAUCGUUGUUCCCAGCCUGGUCACGUUCAGUUGGUUCCGCAGCUCCAAGUUGGUUUAUUUACGAGCGCUGAGGAAAACCCUUGGCCCCAGCAGAAGGGAGGUGGGAAGCCCCCGCCUCACCGUCAGGGUUUGUAUGGUCCUCCUUUCCUGCGCAUCCUCUGCUGCAUUUGACUGUUUACAUUUGUUUUAUUGUACAUAGGUUUGUAAACAUAAUAUCUUUGCCUAAGGUCUUUGUACAUAACUUGGGCUUUGUAGCUUUAUUUAUUCAAAAUCUAUAUGGCAUGUUUCAAUAGGACAGCGUCCCGUCCCACCGUGGUGACACAGAUCAUGAUGUGGUUUAAAACAACAGACAAAAAGCAGACGAGUAAUCUUCCACAAAAAUAAAGUUCUUUUCAUGUGGAAUCGGUGGAUUUUGCAGAAA